AUACUUUUAAACGCACUUUCGAUGCAUUACAAUGUAUAGUACAAUUUAUACCUCUAAAUAAGGUUUAUUUAAACACGUUGUAAUCCUGUGAUGACCAGUACACUCAACUUUGGGGAUGAGUAACACACUUGAUGAAGAGAUAGAUAGUCUUCUAGCCGAACGACGAUCGGAAAUAGCUCGGUUACGCUCAAAAUUUCGUAACCGAAUUCCAGUCAUUUGUGUAUCUUCGCACAACAGCUCAUUCAAAAUAGAACGACUCAAGUUCCUCGUACCUGUAAAUAUGAUGUAUGGCGAGUUCAAGUACAUUCUGCAGAAGCACCUCAAUUGCCAGUUAAUGGAUAACCCAGAUUACUACGGGGAAAACACAACAAUAUAUCUCUAUGUCGAUAAUUCAAUACCCAAAAUGUCAACACUCCUUGGAGAACUGUUCAAAAAGUAUAAAUCAGAUGAUGGAAUCAUGUACAUGGUCUACUCGAGCGAAAACACACUCGGAUGACGCUUCGCACAUACAUCCAAAGACGUCUUUCCAAAUAUCGCUUAUCCAUACAUAAUGUUAAUAAAACCACUCAUAUUUGUAAUACCUCAUCGCCAUUU